AUGAUGAACGUCCUCCGCACCAUGUUCGGGGUAUGCAGCAGCUCAGCAGAGAAGGGGGAAGUUCAUGAUACCGUCAGAAGAGUUUUUGGGAACGACAUGGUCUUGAAGGACAACACUGACAGACACAGCCAAAGGAGUAAAUAUGUCAGCCACAUACGGGAGAAUCUUCCGAAGUUAUUGGACGUAAAAGCGGUUCCCCACAAACCGAAGUCGGGGAAGAAACAUGUGCCAAUUGUUGCUGAGACCCCAGAAACUGACGACCGACCAGGCCGGGUUGGCCCCAAGAUCGUGGUGUUCGAUGCUACUACUGGUACCGGCAGAUUAGUUUUAGUUGGUGAUGAGAGGGUCAGCGUCCAAGGGUUGUCUAGCUUUGCGACUAUAAGAGCAACCGCGUGUGCUUUCGCUGGCAGAUGGAUGUAUGAAGUCCAACUAGGAACUAAAGGAAUUAUGCAGAUCGGCUGGUGCACAGCGAACUGCAUGUUCUCCAUGGACACGGGCGUUGGAGACACUUCGAACUCGUAUGCUUACGACGGAGGCAGGGUUCGAAAGUGGAAUGUGGCGACGUCUCCGUACGGCCAGGCUUGGCUUCCAGGGGACGUCAUAGCGUCUUGCAUCGAUUUGGACAAGGGCACGUUGGAAUAUUAUAGGAAUGGAGUAUCCAUGGGUAUUGCCUUUGACAAGGUGUCACACGGCGCAGGCGUGGCAUACUUCCCUGCUGUCUCAUUAGCUAUGCAAGAACAUCUUUAUGCCAACUUCGGUCAUGUGCCGUUUGUAUUCCCUGUUGAGUCGUACAACCCGUUACAAGCCGCGCCUUACAAGGAAUGCGCCCGCGCAACACUACUCUUCAAGUAUCUUGACGCGCUUCUCGAUGAGCUGACUCAUCUAUCUGAUCUUAAACCUGCUGUCACAGCGAAGAGUAGUAAGACAAAGUCCGAGAGUUCUAAAGCGGCAGAAGAAGAGGUAGCGCUCCGUAUCCACAGCAACGAAGCGUACAGCCCAAGAGCAUCGCCCCACGCAAUAGCGGAUACACAGACCGCUCAGAACGCACAAAACGCAGAGAUGAGGAAGAUGUCCAAAAAGGCAUUCCUGACAUCACUGGCCAGGAUAGUAGUAGUGGAGCUGGGUAAUACCCUUCGUGUGUCAUACGUGGUGGUCUCCGAGCUGCUGCCAAGGUUCCGUGCGCAUCUGGGGAUCAAGUCCAAGGGGUUCAACCCGGAUCAGUAUGCUUUGGAGUUCUAUUUGAAGAGCAGAGACGAGAAUUUUAAGGACCAAUCAACGAAAUUCCUAGCACAACCCCAGCCCCGUCUCUGCACCCUUCUGGACUUACUGUGGACGUUUCUGGAUGAGGCUGCUGUUUGUGACAUGCUGGAGCACUGCGUGGUCCGAGAAUGUCUUAUGUUCGACGUGGUGUCUCCUGACAUGCGUUUCAUCCAACAAAUAGAAGGAGUGUACGUGUUGAGUGGACUGAUGCAGCACCGCGACACCAGGCAUCACCUCGUCAAAUACGUGUUCUUCAAUAAAAUCACUUUCGACAAUUUCCUGAACGUAAAAUGCCCAGACGACGGUGUUCUACGCUCGGUCAUCAGAAAGCCGUGGUGGCAGCGACCCACGGCCGUCCACGGCGAGACCGACCCCAGGAUCGCAGAGAUGACAGAAAAAGGAACUAUAAGAAAGUCUUCGUUCGCGCCAUCAGUUUCUGAUAAAAUUUCGCGAAUACUACCAGCGCCAGACGACUCCGCUGUAGAAGCUCAAUAUAAAGAAGAUUGUGACAAAAUCACCAAAGCCAUUGAGCCAUUGGAACAGAUUCAAUUGGAAUUUCUCCUCAUGCUGCUGGACAACUCGGACGGGACCAACAUGGUGCCUUCCACAAGAAAGAUAUUCCUGGAGAAGUUCAAGAGAUACAUCAUGGACAAUUGCAUUUUGGACAUGAGGCUGUUCAACAUUUCCCGCAACUCCCCGGCUAUCUCCUGGUGCUGCCACGCGAGACUGCUCACGGCUGUCUUCAAACUGUUCGCCGAAAACCCUAUUGGAAACCCUCAUCUUCCACCACAUCUCCCUCCACGGACCUUCAUCGAUGGGGAGUUGGACUUCUAUAACGUUGACCGUUUGGGCGGUGUCCUGCCAUUCCUGGUCAGGACUUUGCGACAAGAUCUGAUCAGCGUACUGGGGGAAGACAACCCCUUCAUACAGAGCUUCGAACCCAGCUACAACCGAGCCGGUGGAAUCGACACAGGUGUGAGCGACAUGACCGCCGGCUCCCCGGGGCUCGCGACUUUGCCCCAAGUCAUAUCGUCCAUGGCGCGCUUCAUGCACCCCCAGAUGCCUCCAAUGCCUAACAGAACCACAGGCGAGACAGCACUGGCGCUGAAGGGGGCUCGCUCCAUGAUGCCCGGCGCUGGUGCCAUCGACACCAGAUCAGCGCACUUGAGACUGCUUGAUGGUCUACUGGCAUUGUACCAUGGAGCCGCUAUCAAACAUGCUGAAAAGCUUUGUGAACUGCGAGACAAUCAGCUGGACAUGGCAGACUGCCUCCACGACAUCGAGUGCCGGAUACACGCGGUCUCCACGGAGAUGCAGAACGAUGUAGGUGUGGAGAUAUCAGACCAGGAUAAAGUGAAGAAACAGUUAAUGGAGAAGAUACUCAAUGAACUAGAGAGAUCCAAAUCCAUUUAUGAGGAGAAAUUGGAAGCUAGCGCUCUGAACAUGGGAUGGGUGAUCGGCGCCAUUUGGACGAGACAGAGACAGUUAGAACUGGCUAAACAUUUUGCUGGGGCCCUGCAUUCUCUUAGGCUAUCUUCUGAUAACGACUACGCUGCUCAUAUACAGGUAGCCAGUAAAGAAAUUCUACCGGGAAAAAGUUCUCUAAUAGGAGCAAGUUAUGCUUCUCUACAAUUGGAAUACACAUCAAGCUCAGAUCAAAGCCCACAAAGUCCAAGAUCAAGAGUGACAACGCCAGGAGUGGGCUCUAAUGCGCAACUUGGUGCAUCUAGUCAAGGCCAGGACUAUGCAGAUUCUCUAUUCGCUUUCGUUCCUGAAUACCAUGUGGACGCGAUGUUGGAACUGUGUAACACGUUGCGACUGUACAUGCACCCCACUGUACCGGUGCAUCAGAUCCCAGAAUGGGAUGACCUAGUGGUAUCCUGCGCAUCAUUUCUCUGCUCGGAGUUCGCUGAUUCCCGGAUUGUCUUGGCCAGCACCAGGGAGUCCUUAGUCCAGACAUUGGCAUCUUUCGCUACGCAGCAGGUCACCAUGAGGGCUAUAGAAAGGGUGCCUCUGAAACAACAGAUGUGCAUGAUAGAAGAGCUGGUGAAACCAUAUCAGAACAGAGCAUGGGCGCAGUCAAAUUGGGUGCUGGUGCGGUUCUGGCACGGCACUGGGUUUGGGUUCCACCACAGACAGUGGCCGCAUCUUGCAGCAAAGUAUGGCGACAGGGAACCGACAGUCAAUAACCUGGGCGCGAAAGUAGACGCCGGUCUUAUGAGCCAGUGUUUCGGUCCUUGCCCUUCGGAAGUAAUUCAGAGCCGCAUUAGAGAGUACCUGGCCCAGCACCCAAAAGAAGCGGCGUCCUUCCUCAACUCACUGCUCAGCCAACUCAACUGGGCUUUCUCCGAGUUCAUCACUAUGAUGCAGGAGAUGGACAGAGUAAGCGUGGACGCCCAUCUGGAAUCCCGUCAAAUAAAACUGUGCGCGACCUGCUUCGACCUGUACCACGGCCUGGCGCGAGCUUUGGAGAUGUGCAUGUAUUUGGCGCCGUACCUCGUCAGCAAACCUGAGGCCAGUGACAACCAAAACGAGCUGCUGCUUGGAAGAACUUGUCAGAUGCUAAUGGCAGUGAUAUCCCGCGUGUGCGUCCGGGGCGGUGGAGGCACAGGGUUCGCCCGGCUGGUUGCCCGGGGACUCCCCGACACAGACAGGGUGCACUACUACGUGGCUCUGGCGCCCGUCGCCGGCUGUCUUAUUCGAAUGCUGGAUCCUAAGUUGUCGCCUGAGCAUUUGGAAAAAGUGACGAAAGCUCUGGUGACGGAACCCCUUUUCCACACAGAAGGCUUGGAAUUCAUGUUGGGAAAAAAUAAGCCGAAACAGUUCUCAUUUUACAAAUACCCCGAAGACGUGACCCAAGACGAACUCAAGGCCCUAGAGAUAGCAGUGGACAGAUUGAAAGUGGCUCGGGACAGUAUGGUGCGCGCGCGCUCCCCGGGCUCCAGCGGGGCGCAGUCCGACCUGCUGUGCACGAUAUGCUACGCGAGGCCGGCGGAUACUGCCUUUGUGCCGUGCAAUCACCAUUCCUGCAGGGCCUGCAUAAUGCAGCACUUGCUGAACAGCAAGCAGUGUUUCUUCUGCAAAGCGGAGAUCGAGUCGGUGAAGGAGAUAGAGCCGGCGGGGAACAACUGA